GAUUAAUUAAAAUAGAUAAUUAUAUAAAGCAAUUAGCAUCAACAGAUUCACGCAGUGAAACUUUUUAAAAGUCUUUCAGGCAGGAUAAAGUUACUCUGCGAUUAUGAGGGUGUGAGGUGAUCCUAGCAAGGUUUUUUACAACAUCUCGAUCCCUUGGCUCUUGAUUCUUUGGCUCGUCGAGAGACGUUACAACUCAAAUAAAUUAAUUCCUAAAAUCAUCAUUUUUAUGUAACAAAAUGACAUUUUAUUUGUAACUAGAGAAAGUUUCAACGUUUCAACGACUGAAAGUUACAAUUUAAGUACAGGAAUAAUUGAUAAGUACCCCCUGAAUAAUAAAAACAGUCAAUUAGGAGAAAAAAAUCAAUAAUUAAAAUAUUAGACUUUUGGCAAAAAGAGAAAAAAAAGUAAUGACAUUAAUAAUAGUUGUUCAAGCUUUUGGAUUAGUGCUGUGAACGUAUCGAUCAUAUAAUCGAAUGUUUAGCUUAUGUCUCAAUCCCGUCAAGGAAAUAAUAUGAAAGUAUUCGAUAUAAUACGAACUCGAAAGUCCGAAAUGAUGUAAGAAUAUUACAAAAUUUGUAAAAAUUAUACUCGAGCGAUGGAAUCAGUUGAUGAUACUAUUAAUUUCUCAGAGUUUUAUGAAAAUGACCAUCAGUUUGUAGUUUAGCGUUGAGUGGUAAACAUAUCGGAGAGCAAUAAGCAUGGCAAAAUUGUUGGGAAUAUGGUUUAUAAUUUUUGUUGGUUUUCAUCAGUCGAUGUCAACGAAAUCAGAUAGAUAUUAUACAAAGCGAAGCGUGGCCAACGAAACAUUUUUGGCUUUCGACGAUGGCUCGUUAGAAAAUUCAAGCACUUGGUACGGCUUGUGCGGGUUCGACGAAAAUCUCGACUCGUUUUGCAAUAUAUAUCACGAGGAACUGAGGCUAGACAGCUCGAAAUCUCCGGAAAAGUAUUGCAGAAUAUAUCUCGAUCAAGGAAAUGAAAAAAUCAAUCAGAGCCAUGCGGACAUACACAGUGUGCGCGUCAAGUCGUUGGCCGAUAAGGGCGCAAUCAUCAGUUGGGCAUCUCUUCGCGUAGAACCGUCGCAUCUACAAAAGACUCUGGUCGUAUCGGUGAUCAAUGGUAGCAACGAUACCAAUUGCCAAACAAUCACGACAAAAAUACCAUUGACGGAGCAUCGGCUUGUCUCGUACGAUAUCAUCUCUCUCGAGGACAAUUUCGAAGUUAUCGUCGCUUCUUCGAUGGGUUUCGGCCAAGAUCCCGACUUGACGAGUUUCUUGGUAGACAAUCAAGGCCGAGUGCUGAGCAACAAAACCCUGCCACUGGAGUUGUGGAAUCUACACUCAUCGUUUCAAGUCGCAACCGUACCGAGUGGCUCCAAUCAGCACGAUUACUUGCUUCUACAAUAUUAUGUCACCAGCAACGACGAAUACAAUAGCGGAAAAGCAACUUUGACUCUUGGUGAAUCGUUAAGAAACCUGUUCAAGAUCAGAAGCAUUUCAAGAGGAAUUUCUCAAACUGAGCACUACAGUGGAUAUGAAAGAAGUCAUCGUAUAAUGGCCUACUCUACGGGCCACAAUAAAAUUAGCGUUUGUGGCCAACAAUUUGAGAACAUAAGGUGUAACCAAUACGAUCCUGAAACAAAAGAAAUUACACGAGUGCUCGAUGAAAAAUUCGAAUACCAAGUGCACGAGUUUGCCGUUUACAAUACGCUCGAUGGUGGCAUCUUGCUCCUUACGACGGAAUGUCCCGACGCUGCUUGCAAAGAGACUGGAUCCUCCGGGCAAAAGUACCAUGUCGCCCAUCACCCGAAGGCCAGCCUCGACCAUGCAACGACCAAUUUAUCUUUCUUGAAAUAUUCCUGCAAUUUAGAAGAGUCAAAGAGUUUUUUGAAAAUGUUUGAAAACAAAGAAGGGGAGUACUGUUUCGCCAAUGCUUGUUAUUAUGACUCAUUGAAAGCCCACCUGAUAGACAAAAUGCAAUUUGAAAUCAGUACAGUUUGCUUUAAGCUAUAGUUAGAGUUUUCCUUAAUAAUAUGUUAUUUUUAUUAAAACUGCGCGCUACUAUUGUAAAAUAUAUGGUGUUAACUAAUUUUAUGUUCUCGUUAAAAUGUUAUCGUAAAAUGUAUAU